CGGCACGCGAGGUUCUCAGAGCGUAACUCGUGUAUUUCACCGUUUUACUCCGCGAGGGAAAAUUUUCUCCCCUGUCUUACGCGCGCAACGUGACAGUCACGUUUUACCGGAGAUUCAGUGAAUUGAGAUUAUCUGUGAGAGAAUUGUUUGGCGUUCGUUCGGAAUUCGUUUGGCGAUUGCUCUUGCGGUGAAAUAAACGGAAUUACAUUUUUUGAUUUGAGAAUUGAAGGAUUGAGGAAGUGAAUGGAGAAUUAAACUGUGAAAUUGGUUUAUUCUGAUUCUGUGAACAAGGAUUUGGUGAUUGUUUGUGGUUUCAGGGGUAAACAUUGACUGUGUUUUUAUUUAUUAGAACGCGAGCCGCAGCGGGGGAUUGUGUUGUGUGAACAGAGUGACGAGUUUCUUUCUGGAAAAAGAAAUAAACUGAAGAGUUGAAAAAGUGGGCAUGUGUCACACUGGAGCGAUAAACUAUCGACUGGUUUGAGUGUCACAUUGCCCUCCCCCAGGGCUGAUUAAUAAUUCAAGUAAAAACAGUUGGUUGAAAUUAUCACUGUCAAAACGGAUCACGGAUUUUUUCCCUGGAGUGAUGACGUAACGUGUCGUGACAAUUUGUUUGAGUUUGACGGCAAUAAAGUGGCAUAUAGAGGGGUAAUCGGGGAACAUCAGAGAACGGAGACAAACAGUCUGCUGGAGGGGGAGGCUCGGCGGUAUUACAAGACAGAUAACGAUUCAUCGGGAUGCUCGGUUGACAUGGCGGAGGGCUCAGCCGAGGAGGAACAGAGCAGUACCGCUGCGCCAGCAUCACCCCCAGCUGACUUACGCACCCAGACAACACACCUGUCAACAUCACCUUAUCAUCACAGACGUCUGCAGCCGCGUCAAUUGCCGUAUAGACAGCAUCCUAACAUGUUGGCAACCGCAGCGCCACCACGUCACAGCCACAGCGGCCUCCUCUCCCAUCACAUAAAAACCGAGACCGAUAUGGACGCCCCCUGCGAUGUUCCACUGAAUCUCAAGAGCGAGGAGAGUGACAGAAGUAGCGCUGGCAGUCCAGAGCCAGCAUCGGGGGCGUUUCAUGAGCAUCAGAUGUUGAUGGAGAAUAUGAAGAAUUCGAGAAGACGGAGGAGUGCGUCACCGGAUAUGACGCAUGGGAAGCAUAGUGCUGAGGCACAUCUCAAUGGGACCAUGGCUGGAAUGGUGACCCUCCAAAACCUCCAAAACCUAGCGAAUCUUCAGAACCUCCCGCAAGUCGCGUCGCUAGCAGCGGGACUUCAAGGCAUGUCAGCAGGUUUGACCAGCAAUCAGCUCAUCAACACGCCCCUAAAUCUCACAGUGAGUGCAGCUGGUACCGUAUCAACUCCCUCGAGUACAACAGCAGGCUCUCACCUCUUACCCCCAAGUUCAGCACCAAUGGCAACACUGCCACAGUUACUUUCUCAACCUCAGCCCGUGGCGAUGCCCCAGUUCAUCCUGACAUCAGGUCAAUUGGUCCAAGGAAUUCAAGGUGCUCAAUUAUUAAUCCCAACGUCUCAAGGUAUUGCAACGCAAACGAUACUCACCAUUCCAGUUAGCCAUGUGACGAAUAAUCAAAUGGUUAAUUUGGCGCUGAGUAAUGGACAAGUUGUAUCAACGACAUUAGCUAAUCUACAGUCAAUUGCACAGCCUCAAACUAUGAUGAAUACAUCGACCAAUGUGCCAACGAGUCAAAAUUUGGCAACGGGAUUGGGUCUGAAUCCCGCGGCUCUCCCACACCUAUUGAGUAACAGUUCUGCAAGUCAGCAGCUACUGAAUGCCAUGCAACCACAACAGCUUCUUCAAGCCGCACAGGCAGCCCAGGCACAAGCUGCCCAAGCGGUCCAAGCAGCUCAGGCAUCGCAACAGCCACUUCUCACCACCUCACCGCAACAGCAACAGCAUAGCCAUCGACAUACCUCCCACCUCAACCACUACCAGUCUUCGGAGAAGCAUCACAGAGAACGACCGGAUGCUUCGUCACCUCUCAAUGGACCUGCAGUUUCGGCAGCGUCUGCUCUUAAUAGACUGGCCGCUAGUAAUGGAGAGAUUACGAUUACUACGACGCACGGGCCGGGGAGCACGGGGGUCAAGGCGUCACCAGGCAGCAUGCACAGUCCGAAGGAUGAUGAUGAUGAUCUACUCAGUGAUUCUCCAAAUCAACCGACAAUCAACGAAGCUACGAAUAAUGUUGUAGAUGGUAUCAACCUCGAUGAGAUAAAGGAAUUUGCGAAGGCCUUCAAAAUUCGUCGAUUAUCCCUCGGCCUGACGCAAACCCAAGUAGGCCAGUCGCUCAGCGUCACCGAGGGACCUGCCUACAGUCAAAGUGCUAUAUGCAGUGCCCUGGCUACCCAGAUGUACGCCUCGCAGAUUGCCUCUCAGCAGCAAGCUAUGUUUGAAAAAUUGGAUAUCACCCCCAAGAGCGCCCAGAAAAUUAAGCCAGUACUUGCGAGGUGGAUGAAAGAGGCUGAAGAGAGGUACAAAGCCGGGACCAAUAACCUGACGGACUUCAUAGGUGUUGAGCCGAGUAAAAAGCGAAAACGACGCACGUCCUUCACACCCCAGGCUCUGGAACUACUAAACUCACAUUUUGAUAAAAAUACACAUCCAACUGGUAAUGAAAUAACGAACUUAGCAUCUCAGCUCGGUUACGAGAGAGAAGUCAUAAGAAUCUGGUUCUGCAACAAACGGCAGGCCCUGAAGAACACGGUUCGAUUGAUGUCGAAAACAGUGGGCUGAAUUCAUUCCCCUAGCCAAACUGAGAAACAAACAUAAACGCCUCACCUAGACUGGAAUUAUUUUUAAAAGAAUCCUCAAGUUUUCGAUUAACAGAGAUUACGAGCAAAUCAACAAAGAACAAAUGGAUGAAUAAACUAACCAGAACAAUAAUCACUCGUUCCUCUGCGAAUCGAGGGCUGUGGCACAAGACAUAACAGGCUAAAUAUGUCUGAACGAUUCCAUCACUUCUUUACAUUCUGAGAUUGCCUGAUGAAAAACCCCCCAGAGAACCAUAAAACAAUGUAAUAAUAAAAUUCUACGAGAAUUGUGAUUGUAACGUAUACGGCGUGUAUUAUGUGUAAAUAGAUAUUGUUUACUGUCUUAAAGACUUGUGAUUCAUAUGAUAGACAUAGUAAACAGAAGAAUAAUAAUGCGAAGGACAGCGGACGAUAAUCGUUGAUGUUUCCUCGAAAUGUUCAUUCACAUUUGUAAACACAAAUUAUCAGAAUCGAUAUUAACGGGAUACACCACUGGGUUUUGAGUGUUCUGCAAUUAAAAAAUGAUAUCCGUGAGGCUUUUGAAAUAUCUUUGACCCAUAUAGGAUCAACGAUUAUAACAGGAAUAUUCAUAAAUUGAUUUUUCGCUUUGGAAGGUCCCAAUAUUUGGAAAUUCAUGUCAACCUUUAAAGCUCAGUAGUGUAUCCCCUCAAAAGACAGACAAGAGGAGAAUUGAGAUGAAAUUGUCAGAGAACAGUACAUUAAUUCAGUGACGAAAUAAUCCAACUAUUCAAUUAAACCAACAAUGUUUACGUCCGGCUAAUUUGUUCGUCCGAUUGACCGUCGUGUCACCAGGCUCAAAGACUCUCUAGAAUUACGCCAACAUAACAAAAAAUAUUUAAGUAUUCUGAAUUGAUUAAAAGAGAAUGCAGAAUUAUAGUUAAGAUAAAGCGCAAUAACUUCUGUGAAAGUAAUAACUACUUAUUAUAGCAAUUGUUUCCUUUAAUUUACUGUCUCCACGAGUUUGUCAUUUGAAGAAGAAAUAAGAAAUGAACAAAGACAAUUUUUAGUAAUAUUAUUCAUAUUUCUGCGAUGCUAGUCCGGAAUACUCUGCCAUAAUUCAAAGUAUACGAUUAUAAUUUUAAUUGUUUCAUCCCAUUAUUCAACUUCAUUAUAUGUUUAUUCUCUCGGUUAAAUUAUGAAGAUUCAAGUCUGAAUUUUUAAUGUUUAUGCUCAUGCAUUUUUUUUCUAUUUCGUGGAUUAAAAUGUAUAGAAUUUUUAUUCAAUGUGAAAGAAGGAAUUUCUACAUGAUAUAGAAUACAGUCUGAUAAAAACAAAUAUGGUACUCCUAAAAUUGUGCUACAUGUUAAUUAAUGUAAUGAUGCCGAACAAGAUAGAUCACAUUUUAUGUUUAAUCAUUCAUAUUUUUUUUCUUAUUGCGAAUAUGGAGAUUUUUGUACAUACAUUAUGUAUUAAUUGAAAUUGUAGGCAUUGUAAUAUUAAAGUACCUUUAAUAUAUAAAUAUAUAAAUAUGAAAUAUAAAUAUAAAUUCUAUAUGAUAGCUAUCAAAUAGCUAGGAAAACAACACAACACAUGGAAAUAUUAAAGUACGAUAAAAUAUGAUUAAUAUGAGGGGUUAAGAGCGCAUAUGCAGGUAUUUAAGAUUCAUAUUUAGAAUGCAAAAUGAAUGAGCGAUGCGUUUUGAUUACCGUAGUUGUAUUAUAAAAUAAUAAAAAGAAAAAACAUGGAAGAGCUGAUGAGUUACAAAAUUCAAAAUUAUAGUCUCGGCAGAGGUAAACUAAAAGGGAUUAUCUUAUCUUUUUCAUAAAGAAGAGGGGAAAAUUAAGAAAAAAAAAAGUUUGUACAAAGAUAUUCCGGUUAUUAAAUUUUGUUAUGAAAAAAAAGUGAGGGAGUUGGAAAAAUUGCGAGGCAACAAAAAAAAAUUGUAGAAUGAAGAAACAUGUGUAUUUUCUUCGGAAAAAUGAAAAUUAAUAUCUUGUAGCUAUUAUUAUAAGGAUAUUAACACGAGUAUUAAAAAAAACAAGCAAAA